AUACAAAUAGUAUUUGUAGAUCGCAUAAUUUGAGUAUUUAGUGAGUUAACUCAUCGCGAAGCGGUAUCGUCAUCUGUUGAUUUCUUGUGCGCUAGCUAUCCACCUCAGUUUGUAUUCGUAUGCUUCUAUGUAUACAUUUCGAUGUCGUGUACUUUUGCUCAUACUCUCUCAUUUUGGGGUUUAUUCUGAUUGGGUGCGCGUUAUAAAUAUACCGUUGUGAUGCCAUGCGGCGAUGCGGUAUUCUGAUGCGGCGAGUGAUGAGCGAUCUCCACAAAAUGAAAAUGCGAUGCGUGCAUAGCUGCGGACAAUUCUGAUAAUCGGAUAUUUUUAGAUUGCAUGUGAAUUCAGAACGGCAGCAGCAAUAGCAACAGCAAUAAAAGAAAAAGUCAAAUUAGAUUCGGCAUCGAAAAAAUCAGCAGCUAGUGGAUAUACAUAUUUCCCCUCAUGAAACUACCAUCGCCCUACAAAAUGCAUGAUUGCAGCUCAUUAUUAGCUGGCAGCCAGCGAAGUGCGGAAGAGUGUAAAAGCAGUAAAGUCGGUAGCCGUAAGGAGAAAUAUUCAUUGCGUGAACGUCAAAAGCGUCGACUUGGAUUGGCGAGUGUGGUCGAUUUGCCGAAACGUUCAAACCACAAGGAUGAUAUUGAAGAGACCACAGGACCGCAGCGCACACAAAAUACCACAAUGUCCAAAUCGAAAGCGCCUCCACUCAGCAAAUACCGACGGAAAACCGCCAAUGCGCGUGAACGUACGCGCAUGCGUGAAAUCAAUUCCGCGUUUGAGAAUUUGCGGCAUUGUGUGCCACCAAGCAUCGCCGUCGAUGAGACGGGGCCAACCAAUGAAAAACUUACAAAAAUCACAACGCUACGGUUGGCCAUGAAGUAUAUAAACUUGCUGUCGGAGGUGCUAAAUACUCCUAAUUUUAAAGGAGAAUUGCCAUUCGACUUUUUAUGUGCUAGUGACGAGACAACGAUAAAACAGAAGCCGGCACCAAAAGCUUUGAAAGUUGAGUCUAGUAAAUCUACUGCUGCAAUGCUUAAAAGUACCAAGCCAACAAACAAAGCCACCACAGGGCGCACAACUGUCAGUGCGCCGGUACAUAAGUCGCCCAAACGUUUGGGAAAACGUAAAAAGAAGGAGUUAAAGUCACCGUCCACCGCUGCGCUGGGUAGUAGCAGUAACACAAUGCCUGACUCAUGUCGCGCUAAUUUGUCAAAUACCAGCACUACUUCCUCCUUUGUAACAUGCAGUGGCGAUUCGCUCUCCUCACAUUCAUCAAGCUUCCUCGACAGUAUAACCAGUCCCAGUUAUUCCAGCAGUUUCGUGCCUUCCAUGUCCGAGCUGAAUAGUUUAACUCUAGAAUCUGAUGGUGAAUCGCUGCAUCUUUCCGAUCCCUGUCACAGUCCCUUACAAGACAAAUUCGAUAGUAUCUUUGGCGGCAGCGCGUUGGACUCCAGGCCGACAGUUGAACAUAAUAUUUUAGGUGAUAUCGAUGCGCCAUUGGAACUGAGCUUGCAGUUCCUUGGCACAACGCCCGAGUCGCUGGACUUCUCUAUGGAACAACCACCGACGACGUGCAUUAGUCCAUUAGUUUCUUUAGAUACAUUCAAUCCGUUUAGCGAUUUUCUACACCCAGAAUAUCCAGAGCAUGCAUCGUUGGAUAUGUUUCUAACAUAACCCGCGGAGUUGCAUCUACACCAAUGCAAUACGUUUUAACUAACUUAGUUUGAAUUACUUCAAUUGAUCGAAAGAGUUUUGAGCUUUGGGCUUUACCACAAGAAAGCUUACCCCUGCAACCAUUUCACGUGGCCAUCACUAGUAUUUCAUAUUAUUUCUUAUAGAUUAUAAUUUAAUACUUGUUGCUUAACUUAAUCAAAUAUUGAUGCAUUUAACUCAACUGAACUGAAGAAGUGCGUGGAAGUUUAAACUAUCAUACUUACUUUAAUAACAAAAUGAUCUGUAAUGUAUUAUCCUUUUGCGUCCCUGUUAAAUGGAGUUGACUGUAUUUUGUUUAACUAUUUUUCAUCUUUUUAUAUAGUUUUAUAAGAAACUUAGCUAACACUUUGAGAUUGUUUUCAUAAAGGAGAUUUAUAUGUUAA